CAAAGAACCCCAUCCCAUCCCCUCUCUCUCUCUCGUGAUUCAAUCUUCAUCAUCUGGUCUUUCUAACUCCCUCUCACACACCACGAAUUCAGCCCCCACGAAAAGUCCUUUAGAUAUCUAAUGGGUGUUCACUGAAACAACGGCAAUGGUGAGAAUUUCUUUCGAACUUUCGGGCAUUGUCUUGGUUCUCUUUACACUGUUGCUCUGCUUUUUCAACAGUGACAUUACAGCUGCAGCAACUGAAUUCGACUUCGGCACCUUGACUCUCAGCAGCCUGAAGCUCCUCGGCGACGCCCACUUGAACAAUGGGAGCGUAAGGCUCACCCGCGACCUACCCGUCCCCAACUCUGGCGCCGGUAGGGUGCUCUACUCCGAACCGAUAAAGUUCCGCCUUCCCGGGACACGCUUCCCGGCGAGCUUCUCGACUUUCUUCUCUUUCUCAGUCGCCAACUUAAACCCGUCGUCGAUCGGCGGAGGGCUCGCCUUCGUAAUCUCGCCAGAAGAUGAGACCGUCGGCGACGCCGGUGGGUUCCUCGGCCUCCUCGCUGAGCAGGGCUCGCCCUCAGGAUUCGUGGCGGUCGAGUUCGAUACCCUUUUGGACGUGGAGUUCAAGGACAUUAAUGGAAACCAUGUAGGCUUGGAUCUGAACAGCAUGGUUUCGGCGCAGGUUGGCGAUUUGGAAGCCAUAGGGAUCGAUCUUAAGAGCGGCAAUUUGGUUAACGCGUGGAUCGAGUACGAUGGGUCAAGCCGGGUGUUCAACAUAUCGGUUUCGUACUCAAAUCUGAAACCGAAGGAGCCCCUCUUGUCGUUUAGCCUGGAUUUGGAUCAGUACGUGAACGAUUUUAUGUACGUUGGGUUUUCCGGGUCGACUCAGGGGAGCACAGAGAUUCACAAUGUCGAGUGGUGGAGUUUUAGUUCGUCGUUUGAUCCUAGUUCGGGUUCUGGGUCUGGGUCUGCAUUAUCGCCUCCUCCAACGACUAGUAUGAUGAAUCAGACGGCUGACUCAGUGAAGUCACCACCGCCUUCACAGGCUCCCUCUGGGUCUGACUCAAUUUCGAGUACCUCGCUGAAAAACAGCAAGUCUUCAUCUUGUCAUAACCAGCUCUGUAAGCAAGGACCAGGAGCUGUGGCUGGUGUGGUUACUGCCGGGGCUUUCGUUUUGGCCCUGUUUGCCGGUGCUCUAAUCUGGGUAUACUCAAAGAAGAUCAGACACGUGAAGAAACCCGAUUCGCUUGCUUCAGAAAUAAUCAAAAUGCCGAAGGAAUUCAGUUAUAGGCAGCUCAAAUCGGCAACCAAGUGCUUCAAUGCAAAUAGAAUUAUCGGCCAUGGCGCAUUUGGAACCGUUUAUAAGGGUAUAUUACCGGAGACUGGCGACAUUUUUGCGGUGAAGAGAUGUAGUCACGAUAGCCAGGGAAAGACUGAAUUUCUAUCUGAAUUGUCCAUAAUUGGAACUCUUCGACAUCGAAAUCUUGUUCGGCUUCAAGGUUGGUGCCACGAGAAGGGGGAAAUCUUGUUAGUUUAUGACUUAAUGCCCAACGGGAGCCUUGAUAAAGCUUUGUUUGAAGCGAGAAUACCUUUGCCAUGGCCGCAUAGGAGGAAAAUUUUAUUAGGGGUUGCCUCUGCCCUAGCAUACUUGCACCAAGAGUGUGAAAACCAGGUGAUUCAUAGAGACGUAAAGAGUAGUAACAUAAUGUUGGACGAGGGGUUCAAUGCCCGUUUAGGAGAUUUCGGUUUGGCGCGGCAAAUUGAGCAUGAUAAAUCUCCAGAUGCUACAGUAGCAGCUGGGACAAUGGGGUAUCUGGCCCCUGAGUAUCUUCUAACGGGGAGAGCUACAGAGAAAACUGAUGUGUUUAGCUAUGGAGCUGUGGUUCUUGAAGUGGCUAGUGGAAGGAGACCCAUCGAGACUGGGGCCGGGAGUGUUCGAGCUAGCAGCAACUUAGUGGAAUGGGUUUGGAGUUUACACAAAGAAGGGAGGUUGUUAACCGUGGCGGAUGCGAGGCUUGGAGGUGAAUUUGAUGAGGGCGAGAUGAGGAGGGUGCUGCUGGUUGGACUGGCUUGCUCUCAUCCUGACCCAUUGGCUAGACCCACAAUGAGAGGCGUGGUCCAGAUGUUAGUGGGUGAGGCUGAAGUCCCCAUUGUUCCUCGAGCAAAGCCUUCCAUGAGUUUUAGCACUUCCUACCUCUUGAUGAGUUUGCAGGAUAGCGUGUCUGACUGCAAUGCUUUGAUCACCAUGUCCACCUCCUCAUCAGAGGAUGGCUUCAUUGGUGGCGAUAUCGUUUAAUCCAGCCGACGGUCUUUUCUUUGUUUUGUUUUUUAAUUAUAUGUAUACGUGUUUGCCUAAAUUAAUAAAUGCUAGCGCAAGUUUAGGACUUGAGAGUUGCAAUUUUGCUCUUAGUUAUAUUAUGUAAUCCAUUGUACAAUAGGAUGGCAUAGAGUUGUAGGAAGGAGCAAAAGAAUGAAUGGAAACUGGGAUGUUAAAUUGUUUUUUAAAUUUUCUGUUUCUUUUGUCACAGAACUGAAACAGAUUGGUGGAUAUCUUUUCUAUUCAAUAUUUAUGCUCUGUUUUUGUUUA